AUGGGCAACCAAAAAAGCACGACCGCACGAACGACAAUCGACGACCCGGUCUAUUCACAGCCAAUAUCAUCGGACACGAAGCCUGGUGCCGAUGUGUCAGGAAACCAUGCCGGCAACAACGGCUCGUUGGUCGUAGUGACAAGAGACGAUCCAGUCUAUUCGCAAGCUGAUGCUACUACUGAGACUAGUCCCCACAAUAGCAAUAGGGAUGCGCAGUCUUCAUCUUCCCAGAUCAAUGAUCCAGUCUACGGACAGCCGAUCGCCAGCGCUGCGGCUCCAGAUGCAGGGGCACCAGCGACAGCGAACCCGGGCCAGGGAUCAAUCUCGCCAGCGAACGAUCCUGUCUAUUCACAAUCCGCUGGAGAUGGCUCGAGGAUUCAGGAGGAAACCACGCAAGUGAUUGAUCCAGUCUACGCACAGCCGCAAUCUGCGCCUACAGUGCCGGGUCACCCAUUGGGGACCACAAAACCCGGACAAGGAACUAUCUCCCCAUCAGACGACCCAGUCUACUCGCAGCAGACGCAGGUGACGUCGAGGCUGCAGCAGCUCAGCUCUCAAGUGUCGCCGACACCGUCUUCCGAACCUGGAGCGGGGAUUCAAGCGAACAGCAAGAAAGCACGCAGAUCUAAGCGCGCCGCCAAAUCCUCAGGCUCCUCAUCAGAUCUUCCUGACGACUACUCCGACAUCCUCGCACAGAUCACCAAACUCCAAAACAUCGCUUCGACCCCCGACCCAAAUAACAGAGGUUACGUGCGCCAAAAGACCGCAGGGAAGCUCUGGGCACGCGAGCGAAUUAACCAGCUCCUCGACGCAGGGUCAUGGCGAGAAUUCGGCUCUAUCACGGGCAGCGUGACAUGGAAGAAAGACGUCGAAAACCCACAACGCAAACACAUCGAGGACUUCACGCCAUCAAAUAAUCCGCAGGGGUUUGGACGCGUGACAUGUCCACGCACUGGCCAAAGACGCCAGAUCUAUUUGACAGCGGAUGAUUUUAGCAUUCGCUCCGGCCAUGCCGACGGUGCCACUAUGGGCAAAACGUUACAUGGCGAGAGUCUAGCGCUGAAGCUCAAGGUGCCGGUGGUCAAGCUUGUGGAUGGGUCGAGUGGGGGUGGAAGCGUCAGCACCAUUAUGACGAAUGGGUAUUCGUAUAUCCCGCAUGUCGUGGUAUUGGCAACGGUGGUCAAACAGUUGAAUAAAGGGAUUCCCAAUUUGGGGGCUGUUGUGGGACCGGCAAUUGGACUGGGAGCUGCCAGAGUGGUCAGUACACAUUUCUCUGUGAUGGCCGCGGAUAUAGGGUCGUUGUUCAAUGCAGGACCUAAGGUCGUCGAAGGCGCUACUUUCGAAGAAGGCCUCAGUUUCGCUGAUCUGGGCGGCCCGUAUGUUCAUUGCACAAACGGGACAAUCGACAAUCUGGCCAAGGACGAGGCUGAAUGUUUCGAGCAGAUCCGCACCGUGUUGGGUUAUCUACCAGACUGUGGCGAGCUACAAGCUCCACCAGUGAGUCCUUGCGACAACGAUGAGGUCAAUCGAGAGGAUAUCGCCUUGCGAAGCAUCAUCCCUAGACGCAAGACGCGAAUGUACAACCCAUACACGAUCAUCGAGAGUGUGGUGGAUCGUGGGUCCUGGUUCGAAAUUGGAAGACUUUGGGGCCGCACAGGCAUCGCAGGACUCGCGAGGUUGGGAGGUCGACCCGUGGGUAUUCUGAGUCUCAAUUGUGAAGUCAACAGUGGUGCUUUGGACGCCCUGGGCAGUCAGAAGUUGAUGAAGAUGAUCAAAUUCUGUGAUGUAUUCAAUCUGCCCAUCCUGCAGUUUGUGGAUGUUCCUGGUUAUGCAAUCGGAACCGUGGCUGAACGCAGCGCAACGAUGAAAUGGGGAGUUGAGCUGGCCAAGGCCUACUAUUCCACAACCACACCCAUCUUUUCCGUGAUCACGCGACGCGUCUUUGGUGUUGCUGGUGGUGUGAUGCUCGACAGCCGAGAACCCAUUAUGCGCGUGGCGUGGCCUUCAGGAAAUUGGGGUUCACUUCCUCUCGACGGCGGGAUCGAGGUAGGUCACCGCCACGAGUUGAAGACGAUCCGAGAGAAAGAUGGCGAGGAAGGUUGGAAGAGACGAUAUAAGGAACUCGAGGAUGAGUACAUUCGACUCAUCAACCCAGUGAGAACAGCGCAGCCCUAUAAUAUCGAGGAGAUUAUCGAUCCCAAGGAUACAAGGAAGAUUGUGUGUCGUUGGGCGAAGGAGAUGUAUGGUGUGGUGAUGCAGGAGAGACUUGCAGCUCGAGCCAGUGGUAAGCUUCAUGCUGUCUUCACAUGA